AUGGACGUGCCUAUCGCCACUGGUACAAGUGUCCAUGGUGCAAUAUGCAAUGGCCAUGUCAAGGGUGGUCGGACUUCAUCAGAGUCGGAGAAAUUAUUCAGCCCUACAGGCCAGAAACUUGCUAUUGGAAGUGACUCAGAGCGCGUAGAGAACGUUUUACUCAAGGAUGAGAUGAGAAUUACCGAUGUGCUGGUGCUAGAGCGACUGGCCAUGAAUGGUGGAUGGAAAAAUGAGCUCUACUGA